AUGCGUGAAUCCACUAUCAGAGGACAUCGAAAACUUAUGCGGGCUCUUAUCAUUCAAGCUUCACUUCCCGUCCUUUUCAUAUUUCCACCUAUUCUAAUAUAUGCCCUAUACCACCUUGAAUUCAUCAAUUUCACAAUUAUCGAGUAUCUCGUCUAUGUGCUAUUUAGCUUCUAUCCUGCAACCAGCCCAUUUGUGACGUUAUACUUUGUUAUGCCAUUCAACAUGGCCGUUAGAAAGUUGCUUGGAAUUCCAAGCAGGAUAUCAGACGUGUCCAAAUCCAUGCAAAGUGCAGUGAGCACACAAAAGUAA